UAUCGCGAGUAGUUUAUUCCCCGACUACAUACCCCGGAUUCGGUCUCCGAACCAUCUCACUUGCAGGCGUCGGAUAAUAAUGUAUAGGGUAUAUAGACACCAGAAUCGUAAGAUCAAGCAGGUGAAUCAAAUCAACCAAUCAGAAAAAUGGCUUCCGUUGACCCCCAAAUCCAAACCACUUACGCCACCACCGACUGGGACCAUUACCGUCAAGGCCGUCCUUCCUAUCCCGCAUCUCUCACCGAGAUCAUCUAUAGCUACCGUCGUCGUCACCCCAAAGCAGGAUGGGUCCGACUCGUCGACGUUGGCGCCGGAUCAGGCGUUGCUGCAACAAACUUCAUGACCGACUUUCAAACCAUCCAUAAUUCCGAUCCCAGUCCCUGGAACGAAGAACAGGCACGAGCUUUUCUCUCCGAAUGGGCCCAACAGCACACCCUCAACCCAUUCUUGGAAUAUUCCCAGUCAAGUGGCGAGAAAGCCUAUUUCCAGACAGGUGAGCAAAGUGCCGAUUUGGUCAUUUGCGCCACGGCAGCCCACUUUAUGCAUCCGGAUGGCUUGGUCGAUUCGAUUGGCCGGAUGCUUCGUCCCGGUGGCACAUUGGCCAUAUUUAGCUACUGGAUGCCCAGUUUUCCGGGUCGCUCGGAGCGUUUCCAUGAUGUUUUUGGUCAAACAUUCGACAAUCUCGUCUUGAGCAAACUACUUUCCUGCACCGAUGACGUGGGUCGAGCCAAGUUGGCCAAAGUGGUUGAACGUCGCAUGACAGGAAAGGGCGUAUUAGAUUCCGUGCCACUGCCUGAGGACAUUUUCAAGGAUCCUCUGCGAGUCUAUAUCAACACAGAUGAUGCCGAGGUUCCAUACGGUUCAUUCUUUGCCAAGGUCUCACCCGGUGGUGUUUCCCGCGUCAAGGACGGCGAACAUCUCGUGCAUUAUCACACGGGCACUGAUAAAGAGGCCGAAUGAUGGGCUUUUCAGGCUGACAAGAAGUGUAUUUCGGUUUUCUUUGAUACCAUUCGUCCCGCGAAUAAGGAAAUGUCUCAGAAGGAGGCAAAGACGGCGUACGCUGAAUGGGAAAGGGUGUUUGAUGAGGAAUGCCCUGAUGGAACGGUUCGUGUGCUGUGGCCCGCUUAUCUGGUUUUAGCUACGAGGAAGUAGAUUAAAUGGUUAGCUGUUGUGUAUUAACCUGAUAUGAUCCAUGUCUAUAUGUAACCAUCCUUCUACUAUUUAUGGCGUGUUUGCUUUGAAAUGAUGAUUCAAAUCUCUUAAGGGUGAUGUUGUAUCUACA